UGCAGUGCGUGCGAGCUGUGCUUGUGUGUGUGCGACAGAGGUGGGGGACUAGAGUCACAUGACUCAACACGAGUUUAGGACUUGGGACUGGGAGGCCAAUAACCGAUAUCUGGAGCUGAUAUUGAUUUGCAAAGAGACGUCUUUGGUUUCAAAUUGUAACAAAAAGGACAGGGAGCUCCUAGGCUUAGCAGCAUGUUAAAUGAAAACUCAAAUAAAUAGCUCACCAAAGUUGUUGUGCAGUCAAUAAAGAGUUCCAAAAUUUUAAAUAAAAAGUGCAGGGAAUUCCCAGGGUCAGCGGCAUCUCCUAAAGUUAACUGAAAAAAAAAAGGUUCCCAGAAGUUAACUCAGUUUUAAAUUGAUCUCUUAUCGGCUGUCUGUUUUUUGUUUUCUUUUAUGCGUCAAAAUGCAGUCUAUUGGCCCAGCUUAAUCGGUCUAUCCCUACUUGCUUGGCAAAAUCUGAUGAGAGGCUUUACUUGCCUGUUUAAUGUGCGUGUGUGUGUGCGCGUGUCCGAAUGCGUGCACUUGUGUGUCCACAGACCCACAAAUCCAUCCACUUUGUGCACGUGUGGCAGGGAGGACUGUACCUGGUCGCCACGACCACUGCAGCAGACUCCUCCCCCUUCGCCAUCAUCGAAUUCCUCAACAGGUACGGUUGGCGGCGCUCAUCAAGGAUUACUGUGGCGCGCUGACGGAGAAGACGGUGCAGAUGAACUUUGCGCUCAUCUACGAACUUCUUGAUGAGAUGCUGGAUUACGGUUACGUGCAGUCCACGUCAUGUGACGUCCUGAAGAACUUCAUCCAGACGGAGGCGAUCUCGUCGCGACCUUUCAGCCUCUUCGACCUCGCCAACGUGGGACUGUUUGGAGCAGACACGCAACAGAGCAAAGUGGCGCCCAGUUCUGCCGCCACCAGGCCUUUGCAGGGAGGGAAGAGUGAAAUCUUUGUGGAUGUCAUCGAGAGGAUGUCCGUGGUCAUGGGUGCCAACGGCGUAUUGAUGAAAGCGGAGGUGGAAGGCGAGGUCAAGGUCAAGUGCUUCCUGCCCAGCUGCUCAGAGAUUCGCAUCGGCCUCAACGAGGACUUCAGCAUCGGUGGCUCACAGCUCAGAGGUUACGGGGCGGCGGUUCGCGUGGACGAGUGCAGCUUCCACCCGGCUGUCCGACUGGACGACUUUGACGCUCACCGCAUCCUGCGACUCAGCCCAAGCCAGGGGGAGCAAAGCAUCAUGCUGUACCGAUUGGCCGACCAUCUGCCCUUGGCCCCGCCCUUCCGACUCUUUCCUGCUAUUGAGAAGGACAACGCAGGAAGGCUGCUGAUGUUCUUCAAGCUACGCUGCGACCUGCCGCCUAAAAGCACGGCGGUCAACGUGAGCGCCAGCAUCCGCGUCCCCAAAGGUUGCGUCAGUUUGUCGCAGGAGCUCAGCAGUCCGGAUCAGAGCGCCGAGCUGCAGCCACAAAAUCGAGUCGUCGUCUGGAACGUUCCGCGCUUCCCCGGGGGAACGCAACUCUCCGCUGUCUUUAAGCUGGACGUUCCCGCCCUAACCUCCGCAUCCAUGAUGGAGGUGGGUCCGGUGGGUUUGACCUUUGAGCUGCCUAAGGUCACGGCCAGCGGCCUCCAUGUACGCUUCCUGCGCCUGGCGCCCAUGCAGCAUCGCGGACCCGCCCAGCGCUGGGUGCGCUACGUCACGCACUCUGAUUCGUACGCCAUCCGCAUUUGAGGCAACGGUGCCCCUGCAGGCAGCAGAAAGAACUGCUUUUAUUUGAUGUGCCCUCAAAGCCAUGAACAAAGAUUGAUUUUUUUAUUUAAUUACAUUAUAUAUACAUAUUGUAUCGACCUGUAUGUGACUUUUUAAUAAAGUACUUUGCAGUACAGUACACAGCA